AAUAUUAUUUUAUUAAGAUAAGAUCAGUGGUUAAGAAAAUAAUCUUUAAUAAAAUAAUUAAAAACAAUUUAAAAAGAAAUCUUUUACCUAGGGAAACGGAUGAAGUUGAGUUGUGUAUAUACACACUAUACAUACAUCAUGUGUGUGAUGCAUAUAAAUAUAUGAAUCGUGUUUGGUUGAUUUCUGUAAUCUUUAGCUAUUAUUUUCGGUGAAUCAGCGACCCUUUUGGCUUUUAUAAACGUAUAGAUAAUAAAAUUGAGAAAGUUGAGAUCGAAUCGAGAAGAUGGUGAUGGAAGAUAAUGAAAGUUGUAGUAGUAGAGUGGUGGAAUCAACGGCUGUGAAUAGUCGACAACAGAGGAUGAAACUGGAGGUGUACAAUGAGGUGCUCUGGAGACUCAAAGAUUCAGACAAUAAAGAGGCUAAAGAAGCUGAUUUUGAUGAUGAACUUUGGGCUCAUUUUAAUAGACUGCCUACUAGGUAUGCAUUGGAUGUGAAUGUAGAAAGGGCAGAAGAUGUUCUCACGCAUAAAAGGUUACUUUUAGAAGCCCAUGACCCUGCUAAUAGACCCGUAUUUGAUGUUCGUCUAGUGCAGGUCUCUCCAUCAAAUGGACACACUGAUGAUUCUAUUCAUUCAGGCUCUCCCAAAAAGGAGGUUGUCCAAAGCAUCCACCCACCUCCUGCUUUUGGGUCUUCUCCUAAUCUCGAAGCCCUUGCAAUCGAAGCUAACAAAGAUGUGCAAGAUGGUGAUAGUGCGACAAAUGCUUGUGCAAAGUUUUCACGGCCCAUGCAUGAAGUCACCUUCUCAACAGUUGACAAGCCAAAACUUCUAAGUCAGUUAACUUCUUUACUGGCUGAGAUUGGGUUAAACAUCCAAGAGGCACAUGCUUUUUCAACAGCUGAUGGUUACUCUUUAGAUGUUUUUGUUGUUGAUGGGUGGCCGUUUGAGGAAACUGAGCAACUCCGAACUGCCGUUGCAAAAGAAGUCUUAAAGAUCGAGAAUCAAUCAUGGCCAAAUCAAAUUCCAUUGUCUAUUGAUGUCAAUGAGCAAACUCCAAUCAAGUGUGAAACUGAUCACUUGACAAUACCCAAUGAUGGAACUGAUGUCUGGGAAAUUGAUCCUAAGCAACUAAAAUUUGAGUGUAAAGUUGCUUCUGGGUCAUACGGUGAUCUAUACAAAGGUACAUACUGUAGUCAGGAAGUUGCUAUUAAAGUCCUCAAGGCUGAGCGUGUGAAUGCUGAGAUGCAGCGGGAAUUCGCCCAAGAAGUAUAUAUAAUGAGGAAAGUUCGGCACAAGAAUGUUGUGCAGUUCAUAGGUGCUUGUACCAAACCUCCAAGCUUGUGCAUUGUGACAGAAUACAUGUGUGGUGGAAGUGUGUAUGACUAUCUGCACAAACAAAGAGGAACUUUUAAGCUUCCAUCUUUACUCAAAGUAGCCAUUGAUAUAUCAAAGGGAAUGAACUACUUGCACCAGAAUAAUAUAAUUCACAGGGACUUGAAGGCUGCAAAUCUUUUGAUGGAUGAAAAUGAAGUUGUUAAAGUAGCUGAUUUUGGUGUCGCCAGAGUGAAAGCACAGUCUGGAGUAAUGACUGCAGAGACUGGGACUUACAGAUGGAUGGCCCCAGAGGUAAUUGAACACAAGCCCUAUGAUCACAAGGCUGAUAUUUUCAGUUUUGCUAUUGUACUAUGGGAAUUGUUAACGGGAAAGAUUCCAUAUGAGUACUUAACGCCGCUACAAGCAGCAGUUGGAGUUGUCCAAAAGGGAUUACGGCCAACCAUUCCCAAAAACACUCUUCCAAAACUUGCUGAACUGCUUGAAAGAUGCUGGCAGCAAGACCCGACAUUAAGACCCGAUUUUACUGAAAUAAUAGCAGUCUUACAGCAGAUAGCCAAGGAGGUUGGUGAUGACGGAGAAGAUCGCCGCAAAAGUGGUGGAUUUCUUUCAGUUCUCAGGCGUGGACAUUACUGAAUGGCUCUGGAUUGAGUGUUUAGUUUUCCAGAAUGCUCUUGUAAUGUACAGUAUUAAUUGAUCAUAAUCAGCUUUUCGGGUAGAUUGUUUAAUCUGUUUUUUAUAACAAAAUUUCUCCUAAUUUCCUUCCCCCAUUUUGUUAGGGCAUCUUUCUCCUAAUUUUACCAGUAAAUGUUUCAGUUGCCGCGCUAUUGGCGACUUUCUCAAGUCAUUCCUUACCUGAAGCCAAAUAAAAAUGGUUUGCUAGUGGUUUGAUUUUGUA